AUGACUCGUAUGGCAUUUGAUACUCGUACGCAAAAUGCAUGGAAAGAACAAAUCGAAAAAGAAGCAAUGACUCGUGUUCAAUGGCAUCAAACAUUCAAGCCAGAUGAAAAUGAUGAUGAGUGGUUUAAACGUGCGUUCUAUACCCAAAAGAAGCCUAUUCACAAUACGCUACCAACAAUCAUUUUACCACCACCUCCAAAAAAACGAUACAAUCCCAAUGAUACCAUGGAUGAAUUAGCAAAAAAAUUAGAUGUUGAACAUAAUCCCGAUAUACUUAAAGAAAUGCAUCCCGUAUCGAAAGAUUUAAAACAAGUAUUAUUCGAUGGAUUUAGUAAAGAAGAAAAAGGACGUUAUAAAUAUUUGAAUAUUCGAAAACAAGAACAACCCGAACAAAAAUUUCAAUAUCCAAUAACAUCGACAAUGGAAUAUGGUUGGAAGUUAAAUGAUAGUGGUCAAAAAUUUCGAGCUCCCAUGCAUGCACGAGGAAAAAUAGUUGAAGAAUCAUUUUAUAGAAGAAACGGUGUUUUCGAAUUCAAAUCAUAA